UUCCAUAAUUACAAAAUUUUUAUAUAAUUAUGAAAUGAUUUCAUUUUAAGGUAUCGGGUAAAACGAAACCGAAAAUAGAAAAAAGGAAAUCAUGACGGACGAUGACAGUCGUAACCUUUUUUCAGAUGUCGAGGAUAUUAUUUACACCAACUGUUACUGUGAGGAGAACGUGUGGCAUCUGUGCAACGCCGUGAAGGUCAAAAGGCAUGGGGAACUCUGCAGAUGCUACUGUGUGUUCAUCUCCAACAAGGACAGGCAGAUUCCAUUGUGGCUGCAAAAAGCUAGCUCCAGCGAAGAUGGUGUCGUUGUGUGGGAUUAUCACGUGAUAUUCAUUCACAUAUCACACCAAGGCUCCUUCGUGUAUGACCUAGAUUCGCGACUAGCGUUCCCUACUUCAUUUUGCGACUACUUCAGAUGUUCCAUCCGACCCUGCGCAGCGUUCAAACCGGAAUUUCAUAGGCGAUUCCGACUGAUUGAAGCAGAAUUGUUCCUGCAGACAUUUGCCUCGGACAGGUCCCAUAUGCUUACAGAGAAUGGCGAAUGGAAAAAACCUCCUCCCUGCUACCCAUGUAUACGAACAAAUGAGAGUGAGAACAACAUCCAGGACUUUAUUAGCAUGGAAAACGGUGUCGGUGUCGGCAAAGUGUUGAACUCUGAUGAACUAUGUGAAAUGUUCGGAUGAAUUGAGUGAAAUGUUCGGAUGAACUGAGUGAAAUGUUCGGAUGAAACUGUGUAAAUGUUCGGAUGAGUCGUGUGAAAUGUGCGGAUGAACUUUGUGAAAUGGUCGGAUGAACUGUGUGAAAUGUUCGGAUGAACCAUGUGAAAUGUUCAGAUAAACUGUGUGAAAUGUUCGGAUGAACUAUGUGAAAUGUUCGGAUGAACUGUGUGAAAUGUUGUGAUGAGCCACGUAAAAUGUUCUGAUGAGCUGUGUGAAAUGUUGUGAUGAGCCACGUAAAAUGUUCGGAUGAACGGUGUGAAAUGUUUUGAUGAGCCACGUAAAAUGUUCUGAUGAACUGUGUGAAAUGUUCGGAUGAAUUGUGUGAAAUUUUCGGCUGAAUCGUAAAAACAUUUUCAUAUGAAGUGUGUGAAAUGUUCGGACUCUAAUAAACGUUCACUUUGAACGUUAUUCUCGCUUAUCAAGUCGAGUGUGUGACAUUUUUAUAAUAACACGCAACAGAAGCGCACUUUGCAUAUAUCUUCAUUUUCAGCUCGACGUUUUGAAGAAAAGACAAGCUUUUGUACUCGCGCCGAUUACCGUUUUGUUACGUAAGCAAGUUUCUUAUGAAUGUCUAAACUGUUUUAAUUCCAACUUAUAACUCGUAUUUUCCAUAUUCAAUGAAUCCAUACGCCGAGUUUGGCAACUCUUGUUCGCAAUUCGUCGAAUAUGGGACCGUUUUAAACUUAUUUAUUUGCAUAUGCAUUAUGAAGGCAAGUAAAAAAAAGAUGUUAAGAGAUAGUUUCUCAGGAAUGACGAUGGAUUAUAUUCCACCAUAAAUCGGUAUACCCCAUAUUGAAAGGACCGCAUAUGCCAAGUUUGUAACGUGAGUUUGAAAUUUGUCAAGAUUAAGGGCCAGUUAAAUUUAGGCAUUUGCAUAUACACUUUAUUAGCACAUUACGUUCUUCGGUAUGCUUGUUUCUAAGGAUUUGCUUGAGGGACUUUAUUCAAACUUAUAACUUGCAUUUCCCAUAUUUGAAUGACUCAUCAAUAAUUUUUUAUAUAUCUUUGUUAGAAACGAUUGAACACAAAGGUCAUUUGUAUACCAGUGUUUUUUUUUCAUUCAAAAUCCGGUUAUGUAUUCGGAUUGUUUUUUAGAUCUCAACUACCAUCGAUAUAAGUUCAACCGAAGUAAAGAAAAAUAACGCUUAAACGCUUGUAUUCUCAAUUUCGAAGUCGUACUUAAAAAAUUGUAUACAUACUUUGUAGCAAAUUACUGAUUUCCGGAGAGAAAGAAUAUCAGCAAUAGCUUGAGGGAUAUCUUACCAACUUAACCAUUUAUAUUCAAUAACUAAAUGGCCCCAUAAGCCACGUUUGAUAAGUAUAAUUUUAAACUUGUACAAAUAAAGGUCCUUUUACACCUUCAACAUUUAACUAUAAGCAAUAUAGACAGGUAAAAGCUGUCGACAAACAUAGAUAUAAGACGCGCUCUGUGAAAACGGGUCAUAAUGCAUAAGUAAAGUUUUGUAACAAAUAAGCCUGUGCGGUCCGCACAGCCUAAUCAAGGACGAUACCUACCGCUUAAACUGUAUUUUCGAGACCUCGUUCACACAAACAUUCAAUCAAAGCGAAAUUUGUCGCCACUUAUUACUUUGUGCGAACUGAAAGAAUUUGCAACUUACAAGUUAAUGGGUUAUUCCCAACAGUGUACAUGUCUUGUGUACAUGAACCAGUUUUUGGCUAUACAUCAGAAAAUUAUUUGCAAUUAAAUACAAUAUCGUU